CAGUGCAUAACAUGAUUUUAGCACCCUGCAACCCCAAGGUGAGUGCGCCUGGCUUGGACGUUGUGUCAGUCAACAUAGCAUGGGGAGGCAUACAUUACGUGCUCGUUGAAGCUGCCUCGGUUGGCCUGACGAUCAAGCACAAGCAUGGUCCGGAGCUUGUAAAGCUCGACGAGUUGAUCAAGGCUGCGGUCAUUGAGUCUUUUGAGCCUAAUGAAAUGCACGGCGUCGUCAUUCUGGAGUGGACAGAGCUACUACAGCCCGAGGCCGAUGGAACAAAUACCGCGAAUAAUACCGUCAUCAUCUCGCCUAGAAGAUUGGAUCGAAGCCCAUGUGGAAUAGGAACUGCGGCAAGGAUGGCUGUGUUGCACGCAAGAGGAGAGUUGAAGGAGGGCGAAACAUGUAAGCAUCGCAGCAUCAUUCGAACCGAGUUCAUAUGCCAGAUCCAAGGUAUGACUAAGGUUGGGGAGUAG